GUCGGGUGCAUUAUCGGUCACGCGAAGUAACUCUGAAUCCUUGCAUACGUGCCACUAGCUGAACGGUUAUGUUUACGAAGAUUAACUAUUGUUCGCACGGAUGGGUACAGAUAAGUACAGAUAGCAGGAUGAUCUUGCACAAAUCCUCUUGAUAGGUGUCUUAUCGGGACAACCCCGCGCGCGGGACUGCAAGGCCGUAAACAGGGUAGCAUCAUAUUUCCCUGGCGAUUUUCGACACUAUGUUUAUAUAUAUAAUAAUAAGGGUGUUGACUAAAUUUAUGAUGCCAUCGAUAUACGUCAAUAUCGACUGUUCCUUGUGCUUCAGUUGAUCUAAACACUUUUUGCGACACCCAACACAAAUCAGUCAGGAUGGAACAACCCCAUAGUGAGAAGAUGGAGUCACUUCACGAGAAGCCCGGGGCUCUAGGCCACACAGAUGAAUCAGAUAUCGACGUCUACAUUGAUCCAGCAAAAGAAGUCAAACUACUCGCAAAACUUGAUCUUGCCUUCACUCCAGUGAUAAUGUUGGUAUAUUUGUCAUGUUUCCUAGAUCGUUCCAACAUAGGCAAUGUGAAAGUGGCCGGUAUGUUGACAGACAUCGGUGCUACGGACCAGCAGUUUUCUACCGCUGUAUCGAUCUUCUACGCAACUUAUGUAACCUUCGAGACACCAGCAGCGGUAUUGAUGAAGAAGAUCACUCCUCGCGUGAUUUUAUCUACACUUUGCGCCGUGUGGUCACUCACUACAAUUUUUACCGGAUUUGUUCAAAAUAUUGGAGGUCUCUAUGCCACAAGAUUGAUUCUUGGAUGCUGUGAAGCAGGCUUAUUUCCCUGUCUAAAUUUGUAUUUGACGAUGGUGUAUCGUCGAGAAGAGCAGGCUAAGCGAGUUGGAUAUUUGUUCAGCUGCGCUGCUUUAUCCGGUGCCUUUGGAGGUCUUUUAGCUUACGGAAUUCUCCAAAUGGAUGGCGUAUCAGGAGUUGCGGGCUGGAGAUGGGUAUAUAUUAUCGAGGGGCUGUUCAGUGUCGUAGUCGCUAUAGUCGUUUGGUUCGGUCUUCCGACAGACCCUGGCAAUGCAUGGUUUUUAAACGCAGAAGAAAGGGAGAUGAUGAGACUGAGGGCUAUACAGAGGCAGAAGUAUAUGGGGUCCGAAAAGUUCUCAUGGGAAGAAUUCCGAAUCGAGCUCAAAGACCCCAAGCUUUAUAUCAGUGCUGCGAUACAAUUUAUGCAAGACUGCUUGCUGUAUGGGUUUAGCACAUUCUUGCCCUCCAUUCUAAAAGCAAUGAACUACAAUACACUUCAAGCAAAUUAUCUUACUAUACCAGUGUAUAUGUGGGGUGCGAUUAGUUUCUUGUUCUUGGCUUGGGCAUCGGACAAGAUUAGUAUGCGUGGACCUAUUUUAUUUUUCGCCAACAUCUUCGGAAUAAUUGGGUAUAUUUUGCUGCUCACAGUGAAGCAUGAAGGAGUAAAAUUCUUCGCGACCUUCCUCUGUGCUAUCGCCGUCUAUACAGGUCCUGGACUUAACAUAACCUGGCUAAAUGUCAACGUAGCACCGCACUAUAGACGCGCAACAGCAAUUGGUGUUCAGCAAUCUAUUGCCAACACGGCUGGAAUUGUAGCAGGCCAAAUAUAUCGAACCUCUCCUUAUGUUCUUGGAAAUAGUUUCUCUUUGGGAGCAUUAUGUCUUGCGCAAGUACUAAUUGUAGUAAAGGUUUGGUAUGUGAAGAGUCAGAAUAGAAUGAAGGAGAAGAUUGGCAAGGGAGAGAUUGAGGAUAACAGGAAAGUAAAGACUGGGGAUGGAGAGUUGGACUUUGAGUACCAUAUUUAGAGUUUGGGGGAGGAAAUAAUGAGCAGGGCUCUUUGAUAUGUUUAGCCUAUUACCAAUGUUUGUCUAAUUGAUGAGGUAUUAUUUAGUGCAAUCGAAUAAACUCCAUAACAGGACAUGUUUCACUUAGCUACCUGAGAUUUUAAGGAGACA